AAAAACAUGGCAGACAACCAGUGAGUUUGGGUUUCUUGUUGAACUCAACGCCGAACUACUCCGUGACGCCUGUCUGUUCUACCUUUAUAUUCUCUCAGUACGAAAGCCCCGGCACCAAUGUUGAUAUUUAAUGACAUGGAAACUGUAAAAGGUUUACUGAACGGCGCCGGUUUUCGAGUAGUGCUUGUAGCUAUCUCAAAACUAUGGACGCUUGUUCUUUAUGUUUUGAGGAAGAACUUGAGAACGGUUAUACAACAUAAAACUGUCAAGUAUGAUAUAUUUCCUCUUUCUCCAGUGUCUAUAGAGAGACUUAGAUUGGUGAAAAGAAAGACUCUUGUUCUUGACCUGGAUGAAACUUUAAUACACACGCAUCAUGAUGGAGUGGUACGUCAAACAGUACGACCUGGGACUCAACCUGACUUUACUAUGAGAGUUCGAAUUAUAUCUGAUCGCCAUCCUGUGUUGUUUUCUGUGUUCAAAAGACCCCAUGUUGACUUCUUUCUUGACUGUGUCAGUCAAUGGUACGAUUUAGUUAUAUUUACUGCUAGCACUGAGGAAUAUGGAGCAGCAGUUACAGACCACCUAGAUAAUAACCGAGGAAUACUAAAGAGAAGAUACUUCAGACAGCACUGCAGUCUAGAAUUUUGCUAUAAUUUUGCAUACAAGUUUUAUACAAAAAACCUGUCCAGUGUCUGUGAUGACCCUACAUCAGUGUUUAUCCUGGAUAAUUCUCCAGAUUCAUAUAAGAAUAAUCCAGAUAAUGCUAUCGCAAUCAAGUCAUGGUUCGCCGACCCCUCAGACACUGCACUUCUUAACCUACUACCCAUGCUGGAUGCACUGCGGUUUGUGAGCGACGUCAGAUCUGUGCUCGGCCGUAAUCUCCACACCUCAACACGCAGUUGAACCAGUGAGCCAUCGAAGCGACAAAGACUUUACUUCUUACUGGAUCUUACUUGAUAGGUGUCAGAUAUCAGUUCUUUUUUAUAGAGAAUUCUGGGGUCUGGAGGAUUUGGGUCUGGUGUUGCAUGUGAAUUGAGAGCUUGAAAAUACACAAGAGCUUCAAGAUCUGAGGCUCUGUACCCUCAUGGUGCGUCUAAAGAACGCUGUGUCUACUUGCACGGCUUCCGGUAAAGGAGGAAAAAAAAUUAGCUGCACGGCUGUCUCCAGUUUUCUCGAUUUUUAGCAUAAAUAACAAGUUUCUGGCUUUGAAACACUUCCACGAUUAUUAAGAACAGCCAAGCGACGAUUUUUAGCCUGAAAAGCUAUGCAACAAGCGGCCCGCAAAUGCACGGCAAAGUAUGAACGAAGCGUGGAGUUCGACAUUUCAUGCAUCGGGUGCCGAGUACUCGCAUGUCGAUUUUUUUCAAGCUCGAAGCUAUCGUUUGACAGUUCAAAAUAACGGUGGGAGGUUUUUAAGGUCAAAACUUUUCAUUUUGGCUUAAUGACAGGGAAAAAAGGGAAAUGCAUCUACUUUUUUUCUCCUUGUACAGCUGUAAUGGCGAAAACGAGGUGUCGAACUCCACGCUUCGUUCAUACUUUGCCGGGCAUUUGCGGGCCGCUUGUUGCAUAGCUUUUCAGGCUAAAAAUCGUCGCUUGGCUGUUCUUAAUAAUCGUGGAAGUGUUUCAAAGCAAGAAACUUGUUAUGUAGCCUAAAAAUCGAGAAAAUGGGAGACAGCCGUGCAGCUAGUUUUUUCAUUCCUUUACCGGAAGCCGUGCAAGUAGACACAGCGUCUAAAGAAUCAUCGCUUACAACUGUACCAUUUUAAAUUACUUUCCUCUAUGGUGUAAAGAUGAAUUUAUAUUUAAAUUGAAAAGAAAAA